AUGUCGUUUGCGUCCAAACCGGCACCAUAUGGCCGCGCGUGUGUCAAUUGUGUACGUGCAAAAUGUAAAUGUAUUCUUAGGAACGGUGGAGAGGUCUGUGAGAGAUGCUUCCGUCUAAAGAAAGAUUGCAAACCGUCAUCUUCUGUACGAAAAAAGAGGGCUACCCCCAGACAGUCGUCGCAAACUGCUCGUCUGGAACAAAAACUGGAUGGACUUGUAUCCUUGCUCAAGGCAAAUUCACAAGGCGGUCUAUCUACGGAGGCUCUUGAAGCUUCAGCUUCUAAUAUCUCCGCAAAUACUUUGACAAGUACAAACAUCGGACCCGCUGAGAAUGCCACCCCUAAUCCCUCACCCCAAUCUCCAUCCAAAUACAGAAAUGGAUGUGAACCUCCCGGUUCAUGUUUACUUUCUCCUCCAUCUCAAGCUUCCUAUCAGGAAAAUACACGACCCCAAAAUAGAUCAGCACCCAUCACCCCAGCAUCCAACCCCUCUGCCUCCUUUACAUACUCUCUCCCCCGCGAUGUUGAGCCCAACGCCGAAGAGGCAGAACUCUGGUUCCUCACAUUCCAGACCAAGUACUUAGAACAUAUCCCCUUUGCCAUUCCUUAUAUUCAGAAUACAUCGUCUACGCAGUUACGGCAGGACAAACCUGCUCUCUGGUUGGGGAUUAUGGCUAUUUCAUGUCCCUAUGUGCCAAAGCAGCUAAACUUAGGACGAGCUUUUAAGGACAUGAUUGCUCGCGAGGUAGUCGUCAAUGGGGAGAGAACGACGGAUCUGUUGUUGUCUAUCCUUACAUUUGGCCAUUGGGCAUACUAUUUUCUUCAACUCGGCCCUAUCCUCACCAUUCUGACUCACCUCGCGGCCUCAAUUCUGGUGGACUUGGAACUGGACAAACCUUGUCAGGACGAAUUCAGCAGACAUCCGGGCAAACAGAUGCUGCCAAAAUGGUCCACGAAAUUCAAUAUUCCGGAGUCAAGGACCAUGGAACAUCGACGGCUUUCUAUGGCUGCGUAUGCUUUUAGUGCGAGCUGCGCCUUCUUCCACCAGAAAACCGAAUCUGUCCCUUGGUCAACCUACCACGACGAAGUUUUAAAAACACUAGACGACGCCAGAGAAACACGCGCCGAUGCAUUUCAGGUUGCUCAGGUCAAGUUCAUGCAUAUUCUGAGCAAUGUCACCAAAUUAUACGCGCGACUACGUGCUGGCGAAAACGAGGCAACGACGCAGUUUAUUGUGCCAUAUAUUCGGUCAUUGAAAUGUCAAUUGAAUGAAUUGAAGAAUCAAAUGCCGGAUUACGUUGCUGAGAGUAAAUAUAUACAACUCACCAACUUCUACGUCGAAAUAGCCGUCUACGAAAUAGCGCUCGUUCGCGUGCAAUACGUCCCACUAGCAGCCGACUGCGAGCUCGAAAGCAUGCAAUGCCUGCUCGCCUGCACGCAAGCCCUUCGCUCCUGGAGAGAUUUGUUUCUGACGUUAGGACCGAAAGAUUACAUCGGCAUCCCCAUCACGCUCUGGAAACAACUCGGCCUCGUAAUCCACACUGUCAUGCGUCUCGCAACCCUCGAAGAUCCGGCCUGGGACGUUGAGCACCUAAAAAAAACCGUCAACCUACCCGCCAUGUUCGAUGUCAUUUGCAGUCAUUUGGAGUACGUCGAAGCUCUAGAGCCAUGGAAAUCGAACGUAGGUGACGAUAUUCACAAACGCUCAAGAAAGCAUAUGAUUGGAUUGAUGAAUUGGACGAACGCUGUGUUUGCGGGGCUGCCCGCUCAACUGCCGAGCGUGGAGAAUCCGUGGUCGGGGGCGAAGCCUGAUGGGCAGGAGACUCAACGACAGGAGCGGCGAAAGCGGUCAGUGCAGCAACCACAACCACAACAACAACAACAGCAACAGAUGCCGACUGCGCAACAACCUGAUACAUCACACAUGCUGAUGAUGAAUGGACAAAACCAAUCGUCAGAAGCAGCAGAGACAGCAGCAGUGUUGGCACAACAAAUGCAACCCCCCUUGCCGCCAGAGAUGUUUCCAUAUUUCAAUCAGGAGCCCUGGGCAGAGGAUGUAUUUGGAUUCUGGGAUUUGUAUACCGGUGGGAGGAUAUACGGAUAA